UUGCAUACUUUUCUUUUGAUUCAAAGUUAUAAGCGUAUUUAACUAAUUAAGUUUACCUAUUAAGUUUGUUUUAAUUAAACCUCUUAAACUCAACCUCAUACUUUUUUUACUACUUGAAAUGCAAUUGUUGAUAUGUACCUUUUAUUAAAUUAAAGAUUAGUUCCAAUGUUAUAUUUUCUUUGUAUGAUCAACUAAGAAUGUUUUCACGUUUUAUAUAAUUUUUGCUAACCUAUUUGUAUUUAUAAUUCAUAAUUUUGUUACAGCUAAAAAAAAUUCCAAUGUCAAAGACACAAAUAAAUCUGAAAUAUGAAGACACUCUUCAGUGUUUAUUCUUUUCUACUAAAAACUAUUCUAAUAUUGAGUGGCAAGAGUUAUGUGACUCCAUAAAUCAGACAAUAACAUCCUUAUCACAUGAAUACAUAUGGCAUAGAGAUGAAUUUACAGUUGUAUUGCCUGUUAACACUGAUGAAAAAAAUGAUAUUCCAAAACAUCUUGUCAGUGUUACAUGUUUCGGAGACAACAUAGAGGAUGAAUGGUUUAUUGUUUAUAUUUUAUUGGAGAUUACAAAAAAACAUAAUGAUCUUAUCAUUCAAAUUGAAGAUAACGAUGGUCAUUUUCUUCUAAUAGAAGCAGCUGAUUAUUUACCAUCGUGGGCUAAUCCUGACUCUUCUGAAAAUAGAGUUUUUAUUUAUGACCAAUAUGUUCAUUUAAUACCACCUAGCCUAGUUCCUGUUGAUUCAACUUUAAAAGUAAAUGAAGCCUUAUCACUUGUUGCAAAGAAGUCAGAGCAAACUAAAGCAUCUCUAGAAAUACAACAAGCCAUUUUUAAAAAGAUUGGCAAUUAUCCUGAGAAAAUAAAAGAUAAUUGUCAUAAAGCUAUAAUAAAACUGCCGUUGGAUAUAGCUGCAGUAUUAACACUGAAACCUUCUCUUAUUGCACCUCUAGUAAGUGCCUAUAGUAGUCUUGACAGCCUUGAUGCAAAAUUUUGUAAAGAUAUAGAUUCUAAUGAUUGCUAUGAUGUUGAAGUAAAAUUUACAAAAUUCCUUUAUGCCAUGCUCUUGCAUACAAGAUUUCCUAAUGGGUUUAGAUUUAAAUCUAUAGCAAACGAUAAUAAAAUUAUCCUUGGCCUAAAAUUGAUAUGUGGAUACAGAUCAAUUAUGGCUAAAUCAUCUAGUGAUAUUUUUUCUACACCUGAAUUCACUACAUUUUUUAAUAGUUUGGUUAGAAAUGGAUAUUUUAAAGAUAAUUUAGAAGGCUCUAUUGAACAUACAAGGCUAUUGGCAAAUGCAAAGUCUUAUUUUUUUAAAAUGGAGUGUCCAGUGAGUACAUAUGUUUCCAGAAUUAUUAAUGAUUUGAAAUUAAGUAAAAAGUUCAACAAUACAGUAGAAUUGUUAAAAGACAAAAGCAACAGUGGUUUAUUAGAAAAUGAUAAUGACAGUUGGUUAAAUAUUCAUCCAGAUCAGUUGAAUUCAUAUUUGAAUAAUCAUUAUGGAAAAAAACAUCAAUUGAAAAACAAUGACCCCAUAACUCCUCAUAUUAUAAAUUCAGAAUUAACAAAUUUUUUAAAGGAGACUUCAGAUUAUGAAGGAGUUGAAAAAAUUAAUGAAGAUAAUUUACAAGGUGAUACAAUUGAAUUCGAUUCAGAGAAUUUUGUCAAUUGCUUAGAAAAAAUGCUUAAUAUCAUUUCAAAUAAUGAUGUUUUUGAUAUGUCAGACCAAAGCGACAGUGAUGAUGGUGAUAGUUCUUCAGAAGCAAAUGUUAUCAACUCAGAUCAAGAUAAAGAACUUUCAUCAAAGUUAAAAACUGACUAUUUAAGCUGCCAGAAUGACGAAAAAGCUGUGCUGAAUAAUUUUAUAUUAAGCAUGAAGCAAGAAGGCUUGUCAGGUCCAGUUAGUAAUGUGUUUAGAACAAUAGGAAUUGAUAAGAGUGAUUUAUUGGACUCUGAUGAUGAUGCCUGAAAGAAAAUUAAUUAUAAUUUAACUGUUGAGACAAAUUGUUUUCUGAAGUGCUAUUUUUAAUGGCCAAUUAAUUGAUUUUGAAUUUUACUAUCAACAUUAAUAUUAUAAAAUUAGAAUAUAUGUUAAACAAUUCUCAAAAAUUAACAAUUCGAUUACGAAAAUAAUAUUCCUUUGCUUAGUCUGCUUAGGAUAGCAAAUUUUACAUGAUAAAAUUUUCUAGCUAUCUUGUGUCCAUUAUGUAAUUUUGUAAUACAAUAUCGACAAAUCUUACAAGUAUCAAAACUUGACCCAGUUAUAAACAAUUGUCGUUUCUUAAUAAAAAUAAAAGAUUUAAAGUUGUAAAAA